GAUCACAUGAUCGGCUCGGUUCGGUUCGAUCCCGCGAUGGUCCGAGCUGAGGUGCGUGAUCGAUCGGCGAUGGGAGCGGCAGCCAUCGUGAUCAGGGACCUGCGAUCGGAUCACGCCAUCGGGUGGCGCGAUCGGCCGAGUGAGCAGCCAGACGCUGAGGUCGGCGACUCUGGCGCUGGCUGGCGAGCUCCAGCGCCUGCGCAGCGCGAGGAGCGGGGCGCAGCAGAGGCUGGAGGCCGCCUCGGCGCGCAGGAUGGCGGCGCUCGCCGCGCUGGCGGAGCAGGAGGAGGGGGAGGAGGAGCUCUCGUCGCCCCGCGCGGGGGCCGCGACCGAGGCGCCCUGCCCCGAGGGGGGCGACCCGACGGGCGGCAAGCGCAGGCACCGCUCCUGGGGCAAGAAGAUGUGUGUCCGCGUCGCGAGAGAUCUGCUCGAGAGGUGCGCCCAGGAGGAGGCGGAGUACCACAGGGGACUGCUGGAGGCGGUUCGCGAGGCCGUGCUCGCGCUGGAGGAGUGGGCCGAGGACGCCCGCGCGGCCGUGAGGCGCCUCCGAGGGCCGCCUGGCGGCGAGGUGGAGACGAUCCCGACGCCAGCGUCGGGGCUGUCCCCCGACGACGGGGAGGAGACGCCCGACGGCGCGCUGGGGCCCCUGUUGGACGAGAACAUCUCCAACUCCGACCUCGAGAAGGCGGCCCUGUGCGCCGCAGAGGACAACGACCGCAUGGCGCUCCGGCUGCUGCCCGGCGGGGGGGGAGGCGGGCUGCACGAGCCUCCCAGCGCCGACGCCGGGAUGGACGACAGCGGGGUGGUCGCCAGCCUCAUGCGGCUGGCCCAGGAGAACGCCAAGCUCGCCCGCGAGUGGCCACGGGCACCCCGGGGGCGCCUCCGGAGCAGCUCGCACCGCUUCGCGCAGCAGGUGGCCGGCCUCGAGAGCCUGGCGCGCGCCUGCGUGGCGUCCGGCUCGCAGCAGCGCCACCCGUACGUGCGUUGGCGGUCGAGCCCGGCCAGCUCCAGCUCUGGGUCCGGGUCGCCGUCGCGGCCCCGCGACGCUAGGACAGGGGCGGCUGUCCCCAGCCCGCGGUCGGCAGCGCCCCGCCCCUCGCACGCCCGGGAGGCGGCCGCCGCACCGUCGCCCAGCCCGCCUGACAGCCCCGCCGAUGCCGCGGCGAAGGGUCCUUUUGGGAGUGGCCCGUUCGAGGAGUCGAGCCCGGGCGAACCCGUCGCUGCUCCGACGGGGAAUCCUUUUGAGGACAUCCCGUCCGAGGAGUCAAGCUCGGAAGAGGCCGCCGCUGCGGAGACGAGGAAUCCAUUCGAGGGCAGCCCGUUCGAGGAUUCAAGCCCAGAAGUCGUUGCCGCUGCGGCGACGAGGAUCUCUGUCGAGGGCAGCCCGUUCGAGGAGUCGAGCCCGGAAGAGGCCGCCGCUGCGGCGACGAGGGUCUCUUUGGAGGACAGCCCGUUCGUGGAGUCAAGCCCAGGGGAGAAGUCCCCAACGUUUGGGCAGUCACGGAACUUCAGUGGACUCACCCCGCCGUCAGGCGUCGGCCGCUUGGGUUCGCAGGUGCUGCCCGACGCGGACUCCUGGGGCCAGAUCACCGGCCAGCAGGCAUCGCCCAGGCCCGACAGGGGUCCCUUUGGGACCCUCGGGGCCGAGACCCCGCCGCGGAGCGCCGUCGAGCACGGCGCCGCAGACGACCCGCAGAGGCAGCACCGCGAAGACGACAGCCCACGGGAGCUGCCGGCGACAUUCUCGAGCUCGUCCUUCAAAGCGGAGUUGGCGGACUCGUUCGAGGCCGCGUUGGGGCACAGUGACGCCACGUUGCAUGGCGACCGGCUCGGCGACGAGGCUGGCUAUUGGAACUGGGGCCGAUGGCGCGACUACCAUGCCGAGGAGCGGCACAGGGAGCUGUUGGCGGUCAGCUGGCGACUCACCGAGGCUCUCAGCGACGAGGACUGGGCAAUGCUGGCCUACGAGCUGAUGCUGCUGGUGCAGAGCGCGCUGACCGAGGACGACCCCGCGUUCCAGCGUGUGCGCGACGCACUCCCGAUCUUCCGCACUGCUCUGGGGAUCAGCUCGAAGCAGCACCACCAUCUGUGCGAGCUCACGGUUCCCGACGGCUCCCAGGCGUACGACCCUCUCGAUGUCCGUUUCCGCGCGGCCAUCCUGCUCAGGUCAUGGGCCCAUGCCGAGGUGCCCGCGUGGGGACUCGACCCGUUCAAGUGUGGGAUCUCGCAAUGGACAAGAGCGUGGAUUCUCCGACAGAUCGAGGUGAUCUUGAGGAGCGUCCUUGCGAGGUCGGCGGAGGACGGGGAAGCACCGACUGUGGGAGCGUGUGAGGCCAGCGGAGGCGCGACGGUGUCCCAGGUGGCCCGCGAGUGCGAGGAGAGGCUCCGGGCACUUUCUGGCCUCGCCGCCGAGGUGGACGGCCGGCAGGCACUGGCGGAGCUGAUGGAUUGCCUCGACUCCGUGUGCCCUCCGGGCGACCGCUGGCACUUCCACACGCUCACCGCCGCGAAGGUCUUCAGCGUGCUCUGGAAAGCCGCGACGGACCCGGGCGAGGACCACCAGGUCAGCGGCAACGCCAAGCUGGUGGCCGAGGCCUUGCUGAUGGGGCUCCAGCCGCGGCUGGCGUCUCCGCCGCUGGAGAUGGAGACGCACGCCCUCCUGCUCGCGCAGCAGGUGUGGAUCGGCCUGUCGGGCGUGACGCCGAUGUCGCGGAUGCGAUUCCUGCCCGAGGGGGCCGUGAAGGCGGCCGCGGCCAUGCUCGGCGACUUCUCCAGCUGGCUCCAGCGUGCCUCUGUGGACACCGCCCUCUGCCUGGUGGCGCGGGGUGUCCACUCCCGAGACCAACAUUCGGCCGACUUCGAGGCCGCGGAGAUCAUGGCGCGGAGGUUGCUGUCAGUGGAGCUGCGGGACAGCGUGCUGCAGCAGCUCAGGGACAUCCGCACGCACCUAACCCCUGCAGCUUCCGUUUCCGCCAUCGCCGUGUGGCACCGCAGUGCCCAGCUGAACCAGCUGCCUCGCAGCGAGGCAGGCGCCUCGCGCGAGUUUAUCCGCAGGAUGGGCCAGUGGCUGGUCUUCGAGAGCAACUCGGCGUUGGCCGAGCGCGAGCUAGAGGCCUACGACGAACCCCCCCAGGUGGGCACCGCCGACGAGUGGAGGAAGGCCGGCCCCGCCAUCCAGAAGCACCUGGAGGGCCUGGCCGCUGCGGUGGAGACGCUCACUCGGGACUUCGAGGAGUGCGAGCGCAGGUGCUACCACGAAGCCUGGGAAGCUGUCGGCCUGGGCGAGGACCACCUGGGCAUCGCCGUGGCAGCGCUCUGCGAUGCCGUCAGGCCGCGCGUGCUGCCCCUAGUAGAGCACGGCGUGUGGCCAUCGGAGGGCUCGGAGGUCAUGGAGAUACCGGCGGGGGGCGGCAAGCUGCUGCACGCCCUGGAGUCCUUGGAUCGCGCAGCGCGGAAGUUCCCGCUGCCCAGGCGGCGGGCGGCAGGCGGGGCGCUGGCGGACCUGCUCGUGCCCCACGUCGCCGCCGCCCUGAAGGUGCGCUUCUCCGCCAUCAGCCGCGACGCCACGUCGCGCGCGCUGGCAGAGAUCGAGCUGCGACCUCUGCGGGCGCCCACGCUGCUCCACUGCGAGGGCGUGGUCACGCUGUGGCGGUUCGUCCCGAGGUGCGUGGACCAGGGUGGCUGCUCUGCCUUCUAUUCCCCGGACGUGGUCGAGCAGGCGCAGCAGAGGCUGACGUGGCCUCCCCAGGGCACCAGAGCCUUCCCGAUCGCGCAGCGCGCCGCGGCGGUCAUUGCCGAGAUCACAAGCGGGGCGCACGAGAGCGCGGACUCCGACGAGGAGGUCGCGGACGAGGACCCGAUCUCGCCGCAGCGGGCGGUGCGCACCAGGUCGACAAGCCGGCGCACAAGGAUCUUCAGGAUGGGUAGCAGGAGGACGGCCGUCGACGAGGCCGGUGCCACUGCGAACGUCAUCUCGGAGCCGCAGUACCUCGAGGAGGUCGACGAGGAGGCGUGCCGCGAGCCCGUCCAGGUGGUCAGCGUGCGCCUGAGCUCGCUCGCCUUCUGCCUCACGGAGCUGGACCGGGCCACCUCGCGGCUGAGGGCCGAGGUGAACCGCAACGACAGCUCCGACGAGCCCACCGUGCGCUACAACCACGCGCGCUGCAUGCUCGCUGGCGAGCUGAACGACGUGCGGGAGGCCCUACUGGAGCACGGCAGGGCGCUGGCGCGACACCUGGCCUCGCGCUUGGUUCUUCGGGAGCUCCGGCAGGACCUCUUCGAGCGGCUGUAUUUUGCACCGCCGGGUGCCGACGAGAGCGCAGCCGUUCUGACGAUGGAAGCGCUAGUCGACCAGCGGAAGCAGAGCUUCCUGAACCUCAUGGGCCAGACGCCUUCUCCCAUGCUGGUGCAGUUCGUCGUCCAGCUCGGCCUGCAGCUGAGCGGUGCGUGGAUCUACGUCGUGGUGGACUACCUGGCUCGCAAGAGGGCCUCCAAGGUCAGGCAGCACUUCGAGGAGGACAUGAGUGCGGUCAAGCACCUCCUGGACGCGCUGAUGGAGGAGGCCCUCCGGCGCGCGCGCGGGGGCCCACAGGCCGACGGGUCGCCGAGCGGUGCCCUCGAGGCCAGCCCUGGCCCCCGGCUCUGGGGAAGCCUGCGGACGAAGAUGCGGACCGGCGAGCUCCAGGCGCUGCUCACCGACGGGGGCGAGGGGACGCCGGAGCGCAGGGCGCUUCAGCAGGAGCUGACCGUGGAGGAGUGCAACCAGGGCCGGCGCGCCUGGCAGGAGACCGAGAAGGCGCUGCAGCUGCUCAGCGCGAGGCUCGAGCUCGUCUCCUCGGACGACCAGCUCGCCACGUACGCCGGCCACGUGCUGUGGGGAUCGCCGCCCACGCCGACCGGGGAGCGCGCCAGGUCUCCGGCGCCGGCUCUUGCGGCGGACGCGCACCGGCAGAGCUCGUGGAAGACGCCGCUGUCCGCGCCGAAGGGCCGCGGCACUCUCACUGCGGGCCCGGCAAGGGACGCGGCCGCCUCCGCGGCGUUCCGCGGCACCUCGAGCGAGCGCCUCGGGAGGGCGGCCUUGAGGAGCUCCAGCCCUCCCGCGGGCACGGCGGCCGCUGCCGAGCACGAGCCGCACAGGUCUUCCAAGCAGACGAAGAAGGUGCUUGGAAGCAAGAGCCUGGGGAAGAUUGCGGCCUCCGCGACGUCUCGCGGCGCAUCGACCGAGCGCCGCGGAAGGAGCCCUUCGGACAUGAGGAGCCCCAGCCCUCCCAGGGCCGCGCCCGCUGGCGUCGAGGGCGAGGCGGAAGGGCCCUCCAAGCAGAGCAAGAAGGCGCACGGCAUCAAGAGCCUGGGGAAGAUGUUCAAGCGGUCUGGGAAAUCCUAGCCGAGAGCAGCCUGAGCAGGACAUUCUCGAGACGGCCUCUCAUUGUUGGAGCCGGCUGGGGAGCUGAGGUGGCUCAGCAUUGGUCUCUGGGCCUAUCCAGCUCAGACCCCACUGCUGGCUCCAAUUUCCUUGUAGCUCCUGGGAGGGUGACGUACAGUCAUACACCUUCUCCUUGCCUCGAUGCAUCCCAUCCCCUGACGCGCCGCUCGUGAUGCGCCCAGCUCAAGCUGACAGGACGCGCGUGCGCGAAGCAUUCGACCAGAGGCGCCGCCAGGGGAAACAAACUGGCAACGCGUUGUAUAGGGAAGGCAAGCGGAAGCAAAGGGUG